GUUUCAUACUGCUACAUAGUUUGAUUAAUCUUAUUGGAUAGUUUAUUGUGUAGAUGAACCAAUUAUUCAUCAGUUUUUCCACUGUCAGUUUAGAAUGGAUAAAAUGUAGAUAAAAAGUUACAAUUUUGUAAGUUUUCACAGUUGCAAUCUAAAAAGUUGCCUAUUGAGAUGAGAUAACUGUCCAUUAUUUUCUAAAUUCCAAUGGUUGGCUAACUAAAUCAGUUCGUGAUGUAAUACUAUAAAUUCAUCAAUCUUCAUAAUCGCUCUAAACUAUAUUAUUCACAACUGAAUAAAAUUUCCCACAAAUAAAUAAGUUCAGAGCUUAUUUUACAUAAUCAACUUAGUAAUAACGCUAAAUUUGAAAUAAUACAAUCAAUAACGAUAAAUGAAUUAGAACUUUUUCGUCGAUUCCUAAACACUACUGCAUCAUUAACUUAAAGGAAACCGGUAUUUAAAACAGUUUCUAGUCGAUAAAAGGUACUUUAUUCAAAUAAAAUAGAAAUCAGUGAAUGGGAGAAGUAAUUUCACUAUUGAAGGAUUAGCUUUUCAUAAUUUCAAAUUAAAAAAAACAACAAUCUGAACAACAAUUUUCAUGAUUUAAGCAAUACAGAUGAAUCCUUCAGAUGAAAAAGAGACGAAAGAUGAAACAGCACAACCAGUUAGCAGACAAGAUAGCCAAAUUUUAAAAGAAAGUGUCAUUAAAAGUAUUUAUGAUUCACUUUCUUCGGCAAAAAGUCGAAAAGUCACUUUAAAUCAAAUAUGUCGUUGUUUACAAAUGCUUAAUCAGUGUCCGACUUCAGCUACUUUGGAUAAAAUCUAUUCUGAUUAUACACCUGAAGAUAUGGAAGGGAUUGGACCAGAGAGUAUUACUCUAGAUUUGGAUCAAUUCACUGAAAUAAUUCAAACGUAUUCCUAUACAAGAGAGGAAAGAUUGAGUCAAUUGAAUAAUGCUUUUCUGUUCUUUGAUAAAAAUGAAUCUGGUGUCGUGGAUACAGAACCAAUGAAAACAAUGCUGUUAACUGUCGGUGACUGUUUUACAGAUAAGGAGUGCAAUGAAUUUUUUAAAGAAGCUGCGCCUGGAACAGAUGGCAAAUGGCCUUAUGAUGACUUCGUUAAAAAAUUGGUCGAUGCUUAUCCACGACCACAAUCAAAGAAGGCGAGAUCCGCAGGAACAGGUAAAAAGAAGAGUGCUAGAAAAUGAUUGAUUUUUAACUAACAGAUCAUUAAUCGUAAUGGUUUAUUUUUUCAAGAACUUAUACAAUGUUAAAGAAUGAUUACAUCUAAUUUACAUGUAUUUAAUAUUUAAAUAUAUUUUAUGAUUACACUUGCA